AUCACCGAGCUGACUAACGGAACUCACCGGCUCCGGUUUAACGGAUUAAUCGCCUGGUUUGAUAUAAGCGCGAGCGGCGUAAAGGGAAUCCCCGAGUCCAUCCACCACACACCUGAGCUCUUCUUCUCGUCCACACGUCACACCAUGCUUCUGGAGCGCGAGGACAGCUUCAUGUCGGAGUUCGAGGACGCUUGCAGCGCCUGGGUGGACAGCGUGAGCGCGUGCACCAGCGACGGGACCGACUCUGACGUGGGGUCACCCUUCUGUCAAGUCUUCUCUCCGGGGACCGACGCCUCUGACUCAGAUUUCUUCUCGGACUUCAGCGACUGCUCCUCGGACACGCUCUCUCCCUCCCUCGGUUACACCGGGAGCUUCUUCGCGGAGCCGGACGCGUCUCCAGCGGCGGCGGGACUGAGCAGCACCGCGGACGCCAUCCUCAACAUGAUCACCGAGAUCGUCGGGAUCUGCACCGAGAUGGAGCAGCAAGGCGACACCGGCUCCCCCCGAGAGAACACCCCGUCCCCUGCAGCUGUCUCUCCGGCCACAGCCUCCCCCUCAUCCCCGCUCCUCAGCCCGUCUGCAUGCAGCCCUGCCCCGGCUACAGUUCAGCAGCCUCCCGCCUCCAUCUCUGCACCGGUGGUGGUGAAGAGCGAGUUUGUGAGCUCCAGCUGUAGCGGCUCUGCUCAACCUUCCAUGAGCGGGAAUGAUGCUCUGUUCUCGGCCACUGUCGACUCCCUGCUCCCGCUGGCAGCUCUGGAGCAACAGGUGGAUGUGGCUGAAUUCAUCGAGUCUCUGCUGAACUCCGAGGCCGGCCCGGGAGAGCUGAAGGCCGCCUGUGAGGUGAAGCAGGAGCCGCUGGGGCUGGAGGAGUGGCUGAAGAGUUUGGCGGCGGCCCCGGUUACCGGAGGAGAUUCUGGCAGUUACGUCAUCAGCAGACCGGUGAAGACGGAGCUCGUGCAAAGCGAGCUCCACUUCCCCCCCGCCCCUCACCUCCUCUCCUCCCUCCUGCAGGGCGCGUUCCCAAUAGUCAACAUCGGCAACGUGCACGCGGCAGGAGCCCCCAAACUGUCACGCGGGGGCAGGAGAGCUCCCGCCAAGAACGGACUGAAAGUGAAACCGUUCCCGUGCUCGGUGCAGGGCUGCGAGCGCCGGUUCUCGCGCUCGGACGAGCUGAACAGGCACGUGCGCAUCCACACGGGACAGAAGCCCUUCCAGUGCACCAUCUGCGCGCGCAGCUUCAGCCGCAGCGACCAUCUGACCACGCACACGCGCACGCACACCGGAGAGAAGCCCUUCUCUUGCGACGUGUGCGGCAAGAGGUUCGCGCGCAGCGACGAGAGGAAGAGGCAUGGGCGCGUGCACGUCAAGCAGCAACUGCGUGCCCAAAUGAUGGCCGCCUACUCUCUGGCCCUGAACGCGCCUGGCGUGUAAACAGCAGCACGAUGGUUUUUGGCCAGUGAGGCCGAUUUAAAGCUUCAGGAUUUGAACCGUCUACCGGACAAAGCGUCAGAGUGACGAUUCCAUGUGACGUCACAUUGAAGGCGAUUUAAGCUGAGACAAGAAGUGGAAGAUGUUUACAGAUGUUCACAGACGUGGACAGAUGUUCAGGGGACUGUGGUUCGAUGUGUACGCGGGCGAACGCUGCUGUGCAGGAGGACUUGAACUGUCAGACUUCGGGCCGGUGUUGACCUCUGAGCCCGGAGCGUCCGGUGCAGGUGCUCUGAGAUGCUUCUCGGAGCCUGGACGUGGUGGAGCUGACCGGGGAACAGUCCGUCUGACGGAGUGUUAGACUGUAUAAAGUAUUUGGUGCAUGAGGACGUGACCAGUCAAGAAACUGUGUGAAGUCGUUUCCUGUUUUUAUGUCACAUGACUUUAUAUUUGACACGGAGUUCUAUGUUUGUAACACAUUCUAUUUUUCUAUGGUUUGUUUACCUCUUCAUGUCAGAGUGUGUAUAUUUGUACGAGUCGGACAUCAAAUGAUUGUAAAUGAUCUUCAUCAUGGUCGUUAACUUGGCGACUGAAGGCAGCUGUGAUCAGCUGAGCUCAGUGUUUACUGCUCCUUGUUGUGCAUGGAGGCUGCUGCUGUCAAUAAACAAACAAAC